GCAGUCGGUGAGUGUGAGUGAGGAGGGGUGGCGGGAUCCGGCCCGGAAGCUGCGGGCAGCUCCCGGGAUUAGGCUCUGGGGCUCUGCGCCCGCUGGGCCCUCCGUUCUCCACUCUUCUUUUAGGGCACCUGUGAGCCGACUUCUGCACAGGUGGCCGACUUCUGCGGCGGCCCGGCAGACGCAGAGCCUGGAACCAUGAGCGUGGGCUUCAUCGGCGCUGGCCAGCUGGCCUGUGCCCUGGCGCGGGGCUUCACGGCCGCAGGCAUCCUGUCGGCUCACAAGAUAAUAGCCAGCUCCCCGGACAUGGACCUGCCCACAGUGUCCGCGCUUAGGAAGAUGGGUGUGAACCUGACCCGGAGUAAUAAGGAGACAGUGAGGCACAGUGACGUCCUGUUCCUAGCCGUGAAGCCACACAUCAUCCCCUUCAUCCUGGACGAGAUCGGGGCCGACGUUCAGGCCAGGCACAUUGUGGUGUCCUGCGCGGCAGGUGUCACCAUCAGCUCUGUCGAGAAGAAGCUGAUGGUAUUCCAGCCGGCCCCCAAGGUGAUCCGCUGCAUGACCAACACGCCCGUGUUGGUGCGAGAGGGCGCGACAGUGUACGCUACGGGCACCCACGCCCUGGUGGAGGAUGGGCAGCUCCUGGAGCAGCUCAUGAGCAGCGUGGGCUUCUGCACUGAGGUGGAGGAGGACCUGAUUGACGCCGUCACGGGGCUCAGCGGCAGCGGGCCUGCCUAUGCGUUCAUGGCCCUGGACGCGUUGGCCGACGGUGGGGUGAAGAUGGGCCUGCCCAGGCGCCUGGCUGUCCGACUGGGGGCCCAGGCCUUGCUGGGGGCUGCCAAGAUGCUGCUGGACUCAGAGCAGCAUCCGGGCCAGCUCAAGGACAAUGUCUGCUCCCCUGGGGGGGCCACCAUCCACGCCCUGCACGUCCUAGAGAGUGGGGGCUUCCGCUCCCUGCUCAUCAACGCAGUUGAGGCCUCCUGCAUCCAGACACGAGAGCUGCAGUCCAUGGCUGACCAAGAAAAGGUCUCCCCAGCUGCCCUCAAGAAGACCCUCCUGGACAGAGUGAAGCUGGACUCCCGCACAGUGACCUCACUGACCCCCUCCAGCUCAGGGAAGCUCCUCACAAGAAGCCCAGUCCCAGGAGGCAAGAAGGACUAAGGCAGCCUCGGUCUGCCCUUCUGUCUGUGACCGGAGCCCUCGGAUGAGGGGCGCUGUGCAGUGCAGGGGUGGGCUCAGUCAGUCUUCGGGUCCUUGUGAUAAAACCUCCUUAAGUCUGUUCAGACCAAGCAGCACUAGUUUCCCCUCCUGUCUCGGGUUAGAAGGUGCUCUGAAGGGGUGGUUGAUGCUGGAAACCAGAUGCACACGGUUACAGGAGAGAGAGGCUGGGACUCCAGUCAGAGCCCCAGCUCCAUAGGGAGGUCUGGAGACCUUCAGCUGAUGACCCCUUCACCUGGGGUCCUCCAGCUGGAGCCCAAGGCAGGGUCAGUUUGUUGCCAAGUCAAGGAGGUGAGAGGUACAAAACAUGACAAGAGCUUUUCUCUUUGAAUUGGUAAAUGGAAAAGAAGUGAGUGACUUAGAAUUAUCACAGUUAAUCAGAAAUGCACAUAUUAGACUGUGUUACAUUUAACUCUUGCUUCAGAGGUAUACCAUUGAAAGUGUGUUAUUCAGUGCUGCUAAGCUUAACUGCUUUAAUAAAGCUUUAUUUUUUAUUA